GAUGAGUUAACCUAAACUAACUAACCUCACGUGUGUGGUUAAAAACUUUUGCGAAGUAGCAAAAAAAUUGCCUAUUGAUGUCUGUAGAAAAAAGUACAGCUUGAUAUUCAUAACUAAUUAUUAAAAAUAAUUGGAGAUAUUAUCAGUCCCAAAAAUGUGGCCCAGAGCAUUGUUGAAAGGAGGAGCGAUGGCUCCAAAACAGAUAGGUUGGAGCCGGUACGUGUUCCUUCGCAAAUAUGCCACAGAAAAGGUUGAAGAAGAAUUAGAAAAACCGCUGCAGUCUGAAAAUAAAGUGGUACAGCUUCUAAAUGAUGCAGCAAACUUUAACGAAAUGGGAGAUCCGUCUUGGCAGACCUCUCCGUAUCCCCAAACAGCGAUUAUUCCAGGGAAAGAUGAUAGAGUUCGUCAGGAUCCACGUGAAUCAUCGGUCUUGGUGUUUCCCGGACAAGGAACGAUAAAAGUUGGAUCUGUAAACGAUUAUUUACGUUUUCCAAGGGUCAAAGAAAUCUUUGAUAUUGCAAACGAAAUUCUCUGCUAUGAUGUAUUGAAAAUCCUCCAGAAAGGGCCACGAGAGAAACUGAAUAGAACAGAGUUCAAUCAGACGGCGACUCUUGCUCUAUCAUUAGCUGCAAUUGAAAAACUUUGGGAGGAGAGACCCAGAGCUGUGGAAAAUUGCAAAGUGGUUGCCGGAUACAGUGUUGGAGAAUUGGCUGCACUCGUAUUCUCUGGAUGUAUCAGUAUGGAAGACAGCUUGAGACUUGCUGCUGUCAGAGGAGCUGCUAUGCAAGCUGCUUCUGAUAAAGAACCUCAGGGGAUGAUUUCAGUUUAUUGUAAGCCUGGUUGUAAAGUUGGUGAGACCCUUCAGGAAGCUAAAAAUUAUGCCAUGAAUUUGGGAGUUUCUGAACCUGUUUGUAGGUAA